UUUCCUCCAUACAAAAAUUCCUCACUUUCGUAAACAGAUUUCGGGCUGAGUAAAACGUCUCGCUUCGCCUCUUCCUCUGGUAUUUACUCUGGUAUUUAUUGCAAUUUAUACUCCGAGCUGUGAAAGACAGCAAUACGCAACAAAGCGUCUAAGUGUGCCGAAAAACCACACGAAGAAGAAGAAUCGAUAUCCCUGGAAACGGCGAACACUUCUUCAACCAUUCCGCCAGUAGCUCAUUUCCUUCCACUGUCAGGUGUUGAACCACACGCAUCAACUUUUGUAUUUGUGUAACUAUGUCUUUCGAACAUGCCUUUCGUUCUCGUGUUGCCUUCAUUAUGGAAACCUUGACAGCAACAGCCGUGCAAGACAUUUGUCAAUUUAUGGAAGAAACGUAUGCUGCUCUUCGAGUGGAAAUGUUGCAAGAACAAAACCGAAGUUCGAGGACAAAAUUGCAGGCGAUGGAGAAUAGCAAGGGGAAGGAAAAGCCUGCGAUCAGUAUGGAGAGCGUUCAAGAAGACGGUUUCAGAAAGUUCCCAGUCGUGGAGCAAAUCCUCAAUGAACAAGAGGCCAAUGGUCUUUGGCUAGAAGGUCACCUUAUUGUUGAAGACGAAGGUCCACCGUCACUGGUACCAGAGGAAGAACAGCCAUUGCAGAUUUUUGGUCAGAUGACAGACAAGAAGGGAGUGGAGACAUGUUCAGCACCGCUGGUCAUUAAACAGGAGGAAACGGAUGAUGUCAUGGAGUCUCAAGGUUACAGUGGGUGGAUGCCAGAGACUCACAAGGCCAACCAGAAUAUCAUAGGAAAAAGUGAUGAGGAAGAGAGAAGUCAAGCCUCUAGGGGAUCCAAAGAACUUGGACUCGACGACUUUAAGAAAGAACAGAGUAUGUUGCUGGUGUCAAUUGUGGAUGCUGCAGCACCUACAAAGAGGAAGAAAUAUAACAUAAGAUACACCUGUAAAAUAUGUGGAAAGACUGGGACCAAGAAAGGCAGAAUGACAAGUCACUUGAUAACACACAAAGGGACUUCUAGUUGUGAUAUUUGUGGUGACAAAUUCAAGCAUCAGAAUGGCUUGACAAAGCACAAGCUACUCAAACCCAGUGUGAAAACCUACAGUUGCUUUGUGUGCGGAAAGAUGUUUUUAUAUUCUAAAAUACGUGACUACCAUGAGCGCAUACACGUUGGAGAAGACUACUGGUGCGCAGACUGUGGCAAGACGUUCAAGGAGCGCCAGGAUCGCGACAUGCACGAGUGCAUUGUUUGCAAGGGAGACCGGCCCUACAGCUGCUCCGAGUACAACAAGGACUUUGAAAGGCAGUAUCAUCUCAAAAAACACCAGCUGGAAAAACACUCAAAUGGUGGAGCAGACUGUUGAACCAGAACCUGAGUCCAAGGACAUUGAGGACCAACCGAGUCAGUUUGAGUCAGCUGAGAGUUCUGAGGCACCCAUAAGGAAUGACCCGAUACAAUACACUUGUGAAAUAUGUGGAACAACUUGGGCAACUCAAAAUAGCAUGCGCUCUCACAUGUUUAUACAUAGAAAAAUACAAAGGAAACACUAUACCUGCGACGUCUGUGGCAAGGUAUUUAGGCUCAAAUCACCUUUCACCAUACAUCAGCUCAGACACAAGGGAGACCUGCCCUUCAGCUGCUCCGAGUGCAACAGGGACUUUAAAAGUCAGUACCAGCUUAAAAAACACCAGCUUGAAAAGCACCCUCUAAAGGUGGCGCAGCCGUGUUCUGAUCUUGUAUGGACAGCGACCUGAAGGCCUUUGGUUGGUAAUUUCAGGUCCCACAACCUGAGUUGAACAAUGAUUGUGGUGAUGAUGUCUAACGUGUGCUCUGUCUGAGAAUGUCAGCUACCAUUUAUGCUCUUCACUGAACAUGACCCAAUUAAAAUGGCUGUAACUGAAUGAACAUUUUUAAGUGUAAGAAUUUUUGGUUUUAAUGUAAUUUUUUUGCCCAUAUUUUUGGCUUUGGCAAAAUUGGAUUUUCCCUUUUUGUUUGAAAAGCAUGAUUUAGGCUUCAUCAUUGUUAAAUAGCUUGUCGUAUUUGAAUAAAAACAUAUCCAGACUUUUAUGUUUACAUUUUAUAAACAGGGCAACUAUGGAAUGAGUGAACGAUUACUGAUUUGUAAAUAUAGAGCAACUUUCUCCACCUGGAACUGAAUGUGUUUACUUCUGUGACAUGGUGAGUUCUCCUAUAGAGGGUGGCGGAAUCCGAGUAGAACAGCAUCCUAAAUCAAUUGGGUCGAUAAACUGGUAUUUACGGUAGACUAACCUCUGCCACCCGGAAGUAAACAAUGACAUGUUAACUGCUAGCGAGCUGAACACAAACAAUAUCGCCGAAGAUGUUCACAUAAAUAUUGUUAGUGCUUUUUGAUGACAUGGUACUUUUACUCUACAAACCAUUCAUCCAAUACACUUCAUGUGUAAGCUUUGAGUGAAAUAACGUUAAGCGAUAAUGUCGAAUUCUGUACCUUUUCACUCUCAGCUCGCCUCCAUCAUGGAGGUAUUGGCUAACGCGGCAGUGGCAGAAAUCUGCCAACUUGUAGACGAUGGCUAUGCCGUGUUGCGCCUUGAAAUAUCGAGAACUCAGAGCGAAAACCAGGCUUUGAAGACCAAACUACACCUGGUGGAGGUUCGUUCUAGGGAACGAUCUGUCAAAAGAAGCAUCGUACCCCCAUUGUCGAGCUGUUUUGGCGCGCUAGGAACAGAUCAAGUCGAAGAGAAGCAGUCCCCCAGUGUAAGGAGAAAUGGAGGAUCCGUGGUGUUGGGGGACAGGAGCACUAGGACUGUCAGUGAAGAGAACCUUGACACGACUGAGCAUCCUGAGGUAGUGGUUGUAAAAGAAGAGAAAUUGGAAGAGGAGCUGAGAGACUGUGGCUCAAAGCACAACCAGCAACCCAGGAGACUGAUUAGUGUGUCUCGGUCUCUUGUUGCUGUGAACGAUCAAAUCCUGAAUGCAGAAACUUCACCUGUGGAGGUAGCUGAGGAGAAGCGGGACAGCGACAACCAGAGGCUCCAACAGACCGCGAACAGACACAGCACGGCAAGCCAGCACACACACAGCUCGGACUGUGUGACAUAUCAGAGAGAGAGUCAUACAGCAACUGGCCUCUCUCGCAUAGAGGAUGGUAGAGACAUGCUUGAUCCAUCUUGUUCUUAUUUGGUGGAAACGGACUCUACUAAGCCACUUGAUGCCCAGCCGCCCUUGACUCCGAGUGGGGUCACAACCUUGUGUGACAGUACGGCCUCCUCUGCCUCACUGGGCUGGAAGCAGGAGGCCGGAGGAGUUGACACUCUUAAAAUGGAGGCAGGAAUGCCCUCCUGGACCAAAGGGAGGGAUAUUGGAAUGGGCCUGGCUGCUCAGUGUGGAGUUGACAUCCCUGGGAAAAACAGGGAGGGUAUUCAGCUGGGGAACGGCACAAACGUCUGUCCUCAGAGCAACGUUAAUUUAAGGGAGAGCGAGUCAUCGGAAGGGCGCAAGUCCAGCGAACCGGAUGUAAAAGGAUUCGAUACCUCCUUAGACUAUUUUUUCUCUCCGGCGGAAAUGGCCGGGAUACAGACUCAUCACCGAGGAGACGACGCUGGAGGCGAGGAGCUGACCUCUUGUCCGUAUCCCGGCGACGAUGGUUUCGUCAGCCCUUCAAACUCGACACAAGGGGGCCUCCCCUUCUCAAACAGACUGGUCAACUGCCAGGAAUGUGGACGGCUGUUCUCCAACUCGCUAGACCUCGCACUGCACCAAAGAAUUCACAUGGGGGAGAAACUCUUCAGCUGCACCCAGUGUGACAAGCAGUUCCUCCACCUGCACCAGCUCAAGACCCACCAGAGAAUACACACCAGGGAGAAACCCUUUAGCUGUUCCCAAUGCGGGAAGCGCUUCUCCCAGUCCAGCCACAUCAAGAGACACAUGAGUGUUCACACAGGAGAAAAGCGGUUUGGCUGCAGCGUAUGCGGCAAGAGGUUUUCACAAUCCUGUAGCCUCAAAGUGCACCAGAGCGUCCACACUGGAGAGAGACCGUUCAGCUGCACUCAGUGCGGGAAGAGUUUCUCUGUGCUCGGGAACCUAAUGAGGCACCAGAGUGUCCACAGAAGAACGCAGGAUUAAGUCUUGAAUAAUUAAUGGACACUGCAUUAUGUUUAUAUCGUGUUGGUAAAAUAUUGAUAUAAUGAAUUUUGUACAUCGUGCACUGGUAAACAUUGUUGUUUUGUAAUAAUAUCCUGACGUAAACUGUCUCUUGGUGUGAUGUGAACAUAAUAAAACAUUACCCCUGAAAAUGAA